GGAACUACCUUCCUCUCCUCCCUUUGGUGAGUGAAUCCUGACCCCGCCUACCCCUAGCAUUUAAUCACCCCUUCUCAGAAGCUCACAUUCCUCAGCUGGGGCCUGCAGUCAUCUAGGAGUGUUUAAGCAAGAAGAACCUCAGAAGUUAGGACAGGAAGAAGCCAGGGGAGCAGUGCAAUCAAUGGCUUCAAAAAUCCUGCUGAAUAUGGAAAAGGAGGUGACCUGUCCCAUCUGCCUGAAGCUAUUGACAGAACCCUUGAGCCUCAGGUGUGGCCACAGCUUAUGUCGAGCCUGCAUCACUGUGAAUGACGAGGAGGCAGCUAUUGGCCCAGGAGGGGCAAGCAGCUGCCCUGUGUGUGGUAUCAGAUACUCACUUGAGAACCUAAGGGCUAAUCAGCAUCUGGCCAACACAGUGGAGAGACUCAGGGAAGUCAAGUUGAGCCAGUUGAGCCCAGACUAUGGGAAGAAAGGAGAUCUCUGUGAACGCCAUGGAGAGAAACUCCUGCUCUUCUGUAAGGAGGAUGGGAAGGUCAUUUGCUGGCUCUGUGAGCGGUCUCAGGAGCACCGUGGUCACCACACAUUCCUCGUGGAGGAGCUAGGCAAGGAAUGUCAGGAGAGGCUCCAGGAUGUCAUCAAGAGGCUAAAGAAAGAACAGCAGGAAGCUGAGAAGUUGGAAGCUGACAUCAGUAACGAGAGAACUUCCUGGAAGCAUCAGAUACAGACUGAGAGACAAAGGAUUCAAGCCGAAUUUAAUCAGCUUAGAAGCGUACUCAAUCGUGAGGAGCAGAGAGAGCUACAAAGACUGGAAGAAGAGGAGAUGAUGACACUGGACAAGCUGUCAGAGGCUGAGGAUGAGGUAGUUCAGCAGAGCCAACUGGUGAAAGAGCUCAUCUCAGAACUGGAGUGUCGAGGUCAGUGGUCAACACUGGAGCUGCUGCAGGACAGGAGUGGAAUCAUGAAAUGGAGUGAGAUCUGGGUGCUGAAAAAACCAAAAACUGUUUCCAAGACACUGAAGACUGUAUUCCAUGCUCCCGAUCUGAGUAGAAUGCUGCAAGUGUUUAGAGAGCUAAGAGAUGUCCGAUGCUACUGGGUGGACAUCACACUGAAUCCAGUCAACCUAAAUUUGAAUCUUGUCCUUUCAGAAGAUCAGAGACAAGUUACAUCUGUGCCAAUUUGGCCUGUUAAGUAUUGUAACUAUGGUGUCUUGGGAUCUCAAUAUUUCUAUUCAGGGAAACAUUACUGGGAAGUAGAUGUGUCCAAGAAGACUGCUUGGAUCCUAGGGGUAUACUGUAGAACACGUUCCCGCAGUAUAAAGUUUGGUAUUAAAAGAGGUGCAAAUGACAAAAAUGUAUACUCCAGAUACAGACCUCUAUUUGGCUACUGGGUUAUAGGACUACAGAAUAAAUUUAAGUAUAGUGCAUUUGAGGACUCUUUCUCCUCUGAACCAGAGAUCUUGACUCUCUCCAUGUCCGUAUGUCCCCAACGUAUUGGGGUUUUCCUAGACUAUGAGUUAGGCGUUGUCUCAUUUUUCAAUAUCACGAACCAUGGGUCACUCAUCUACAGGUUCUCUAAAUGUUGCUUUUCUCAGCCUGCUCACCCAUAUUUCAAUCCUUGGAACUGCCCAAUCCCCAUGACUCUGUGUCCACCAAGCUCCUGAGUUUCUCAUUCCUUCACCUACCCCUUGUUUUGAGGCUCAUCUCCUGCAUCUGCACUCAUCUGCACCAUUCAGAUCAUCUCUUCCUUGUGGCCUCCCUUUACUUUAGACUCUUUUAUUUAUCCUUGAGAUGGUCUACUGUAUUUGGGUUGAGUUAAGAAAGGUAUUUACUCACUCAUUUACUCAUAUAUAUUUUAUUGUUUGGGAUUCACUGAGAGUACAAAGA